AGAAAGUAGAACAACUAGGAAUAUUGUUAUUGACACGACUGGACUGUUUGCAAGAAUGGUUUUGUGCCACUGAUGGUGAUGUUAGCUGGCGUCACAGCCACCGCUACAAUGGUGAAAAGGGUAAGAGGAUCCGUCUAGUGUGCACUCUUCGUCGUAGCAACAACAUCCCGAAUUGUAUGGACAUGAGUGAUAACCGACUGUUUGACGACUGA